AGUUCGACGUUUAAUCGAAAAUUUAAUAGGCGUGAAUUCAAGAUUUGUUGGUUCAUGUACCUCAUAAAAAACACAAAAAGAAUGCAAAAGCAAAUCGCAUAACCGCAAAGUAUAAAAUAUAUACGUGUUGAGUUUCGUUGAAUUUUCGUUUAUCGCUGCAAAAAAAUGUAUUCAGUCUACAAACUCUGCGUAAUUUUAGCCGCUUUCCUGCUUAAUGAGGCGUCGGCUGUGAAUAUUUUAUUCUUCGUACCCUGUUAUGGCGGCCAUUUUGGAACCAUUUCUACACUUUUGGUCCCACUUUGCAAAACUAACAAAUGUACUGUUUUCGAAUCUGCAAAGUUAUGCGAGAAAAAAUUAGAAUCAUUCCGCAAAAUCGUCAACUUUGAAGUUAUCAAAAACCACGGUUUGCCUGAUGAAUAUUCAAUCAGGGAUAGUUUGGAGUUUUCUUUCAAUGUGAGCUCGCAUCGUAUUGAGUUGUACGAGUUCGGGUAUGAGUCACUGACCGAAGUUUUGGAGGAUCGUUCUCGGCCAGUUGACAGCCGUUUCGACAUCCUGAUAACUGACAGUGCAAUUGUGUCGACAUUGACAGUAGCCGAAAGAUUCGAUCUACCAGUCAUUGGCCUCAGUAUUGGCGUCCCCGGUGGAGUUGAGUGCAUUGAAGAUAAAUGGAAGUUUGCCAUGCAUGAAUUAUUCUUGUUCAAACCCUUCGCUAGAAAGAGCUGGCAAUGGCUGAAAGAAAAAAGAGACUCCUUAAAGUUACCGGAACUUGAGUACCAAGGAGAGUUUUUGACGACCGAAUACACUGAUCGAUUCCCAAUGAUGAUUCCAACUUCUCCGAAAAUAUACCCAAAACCUCACGAAAAAGUUGAACAUCUCUAUAUUGGUGGUUUGAGAAAGGAAGAAUCGUAUGCAGAACUGGACCCGGAAAUCGAAAACUGGAUUUCCAAAAACGAUUUGGACGUAGUUUACAUGUCGCUAGGAACUCACGCAAAAUUGGACGAAGAUUCUUUGAACGAAAUUGUGACUAAAUUGAAAGCUCAAAAAAAGUACAGGUUUAUUUGGUCGCUGGAUCUUGGACUGGAAAAAAUUGCAGAAAAAAGUGGAGUUUUGUCGGAAACAACGGACAAUCUUUAUUUGACUGGAUACCUGUCGCAAUUUAUUUUGCUGGGGAAUUCUAAAGUCAAAGUUUUUGUGAGCCACUGUGGCUUAGGGUCGAUAGUUGAUCUAGUUUCGAGAAAAAUUCCUGGAGUUUUCUUGCCUCAAUUUAGCGAGCAAUUUGCGAACGCUGCAAAACUGGAUAGUUUAUCCGUCGGAGUAACACUAAAAGAACUCAAGGUCGAAAAACUUUUAGAAGCUAUCGAUCAAGUAAUUGGCAACUAUUCCGUUCACCAAAAAAGCCUGAAUAAACUUGCAAAUCAGUUUUCAUCAUACGAAAACCAUGAAAAAAUUAUCGAAUUUGUCGACAAAAUUGCAUCGAGAAAACAUGUUUCAAUGUGGCAAAAGUUACCCUAUCAUGUUCAUUGUUCAAGAAUUCACGUUGGCUGGCAAGCUCUCAAAGUAGCUAUAGUUCUGAUAGCUCUGAUUAUGCUGAUCAAAUUAAAAAUUCAAUGUUACAAUUUGAGUCGUGAAUGGAAUUUUUUAAAGACAAUCGCUGCCUCAAUUCAGUUUGAAGCGAUUUUGUAG